AUGGGAGUUACUGCUGAAGAGGUACUAAUUUCUGUCUGGGAUGAUGAAAAACUUUUGGAAAUGGAUAGUGGUGAUGGAGACUAUGGUCUCACUGUAGCCGAUGAAAAACCCAAGGAAGGAGUCAAGACUGAGAACAACGAUCAUAUUAAUUUGAAGGUGGCGGGGCAGGAUGGCUCUGUGGUGCCGUUUAAGAUUAAGAGGCAUAUACCACUUAAUAAACUAAUGAAAGCCUAUUGUGAAUGCCAGGACUCACCUGCACAGUUGGAAAUGGAGGAUGAAGAUACAAUUGAUGUGUUCCAGCAACAGACAGGAAGUGUCUUCUAAAAAGGGAGCCUACUACUUUACUCCAGAACUCUGUUCCUACAGACCAAGAAUACAUUCUCAAUUAGAAA